CUGCGAUUGUCAAACGUUGUCAUUAUCAUUAGUCGUCCAAAAUGGCGACCACGAACGAUUCUAAGGCGCCUUUGCGCCAAGUUAAAAGAGUACAAUUUGGUAUAUUAUCCCCAGAUGAAAUCCGACGGAUGUCAGUCACAGAGGGAGGCAUUCGCUUUCCAGAAACUAUGGAAGGGGGAAGGCCCAAGCUUGGUGGGCUUAUGGAUCCUCGACAAGGGGUAAUUGACAGAAGUUCCAGGUGUCAGACCUGUGCAGGAAAUAUGACAGAAUGUCCAGGACACUUUGGACACAUAGAUUUAGCAAAACCAGUUUUUCACAUCGGUUUUAUAACAAAAACAAUAAAAGUUUUGAGAUGUGUUUGUUUUUAUUGUUCAAAGCUGCUAGUCAGUCCGACAAAUCCAAAGAUAAAAGAAGUGGUCAUGAAAUCAAAAGGACAGCCACGUAAAAGAUUGACAUAUGUGUAUGAUUUAUGCAAAGGUAAAAAUAUAUGUGAGGGGGGAGAGGAUAUGGAUAUUGGAAAAGAAGGCGAAGAAGGUAAAAGGGGAUCAGGUCAUGGAGGUUGUGGACACUAUCAGCCAUCUAUUAGACGACAAGGUUUAGACCUGACUGCAGAGUGGAAACAUGCUAAUGAAGAUACACAAGAUAAGAAAAUAAUUAUUACAGCAGAAAGAGUUUAUGAAAUAUUGAAACAUAUUACAGAUGAGGAGUCAUUUAUCUUGGGUAUGGACCCUAAGUUUGCCCGGCCUGACUGGAUGAUUGUAACAGUUCUUCCAGUUCCACCAUUAGCUGUUAGACCAGCUGUUGUAAUGUUUGGUUCGGCAAAAAAUCAGGAUGAUUUGACCCACAAACUUGCAGAUAUUAUCAAAGCAAAUAAUGAGUUAAUGAGAAAUGAACAAUCAGGGGCAGCUGCUCAUGUUCUUACAGAUAAUAUAAGAAUGUUACAAUUUCAUGUGGCUACAUUUGUAGAUAAUGACAUGCCUGGAAUGCCAAAAGCUAUGCAAAAGUCAGGGAAACCACUUAAAGCAAUUAAAGCUCGUUUAAAAGGUAAAGAAGGAAGAAUUAGAGGAAAUCUUAUGGGAAAGCGUGUCGACUUCUCUGCCAGGACUGUCAUCACUCCUGAUCCUAAUUUGCGUAUUGAUCAAGUGGGAGUUCCUAGAUCCAUUGCACAAAAUUUAACAUUCCCAGAAUUAGUGACACCUUUCAAUAUUGAUAGGAUGCAAGAGUUAGUUAGACGUGGUAAUGCUCAAUAUCCAGGAGCUAAAUAUAUAGUGCGGGAUAAUGGAGAAAGAAUAGAUUUACGAUUCCACCCUAAACCCUCAGAUUUACAUUUACAAUAUGGAUAUAAAGUAGAACGUCAUUUGAGAGAUGAUGAUUUGGUUAUUUUUAAUCGGCAACCAACUUUACACAAGAUGAGUAUGAUGGGUCACAGGGUUAAGGUAUUACCAUGGUCAACAUUUCGGAUGAAUUUGAGUUGUACUUCCCCAUACAAUGCUGAUUUUGAUGGAGAUGAAAUGAAUUUACAUGUCCCGCAGUCUAUGGAAACACGUGCAGAGGUAGAGAAUAUACAUAUAACUCCACGGCAGAUUAUCACCCCACAAGCAAACAAACCUGUUAUGGGUAUUGUACAGGACACAUUGACUGCUGUAAGAAAAAUGACAAAAAGAGAUGUGUUUUUGACUAAAGAACAAGUUAUGAAUCUACUUAUGUUCUUGCCAACAUGGGAUGGUAAAAUACCACAACCAUGUAUUUUAAAACCACAACCACUUUGGACUGGAAAGCAAAUAUUUACUCUAAUCAUUCCUGGAAAUGUAAAUAUGGUUCGAACUCAUUCCACACAUCCAGACGAAGAAGAUGAUGGACCAUACAAUUGGAUUUCUCCUGGAGAUACAAAAGUUGUAGUGGAACAUGGCGAGUUGCUGAAGGGUAUUUUAUGUAAAAAAUCAUUGGGUGCAUCAGCAGGUUCCUUGCUUCAUAUUUGUAUGUUAGAACUGGGCCAUGAAACUGCUGGAAGAUUUUAUGGAAAUAUUCAAACUGUGAUUAAUAACUGGCUCUUAUUGGAAGGUCACUCCAUUGGUAUUGGUGACACUAUUGCUGAUCCGCAAACAUACCAAGAAAUUCAGCGCGCUAUAGUCAAAGCUAAAGAUGAUGUCAUAGAAGUUAUUCAAAAGGCUCAUAACAUGGAGCUAGAGCCAACACCUGGUAACACACUUAGGCAAACAUUCGAGAACCAAGUAAACCGCAUCUUAAACGAUGCUCGUGACAAAACUGGAGGUUCUGCUAAGAAAUCUCUAACAGAAUACAACAAUCUCAAGGCUAUGGUGGUUGCAGGUUCCAAAGGAUCGAAUAUUAAUAUUUCUCAGGUUAUUGCUUGUGUCGGUCAACAAAACGUAGAGGGAAAGCGUAUUCCAUUUGGUUUCCGUAAAAGAACAUUGCCUCAUUUCAUUAAAGACGAUUAUGGUCCUGAAUCAAGAGGUUUCGUAGAAAAUUCGUAUCUAGCUGGUUUGACGCCUUCAGAAUUCUAUUUCCAUGCUAUGGGUGGUCGUGAAGGUCUUAUUGAUACGGCUGUAAAAACAGCUGAGACAGGAUAUAUUCAGCGACGUCUAAUAAAGGCUAUGGAGUCCGUCAUGGUUCACUAUGAUGGCACCGUCCGUAACUCUGUGGGUCAGUUGAUUCAGUUGAGAUAUGGUGAAGAUGGAUUAGCAGGAGAAACAGUAGAAUUCCAAAAUCUACCAACAGUGAAACUAUCUAAUAAAGCAUUUGAAAAGAAAUUUAAAUUUGACCCAACAAAUGAAAGAUAUUUAAAGAGAAUCUUCAAUGAAGAUAUAAUAAAAGAAUUGACUGAAUCAGGUUAUGUCAUUGGUGAUCUUGAAAGUGAGUGGGAGCAGUUGUGUAAAGAUAGAGAAGUACUUCGUCAAAUUUUCCCCAGUGGAGAAUCUAAAGUUGUAUUGCCUUGCAAUUUCAAGAGAAUGAUCUGGAAUGUACAAAAAAUUUUCCAUAUUAAUAAAAGAUUGCAAACUGAUUUGAGUCCAAUCAAAGUUAUACAAGGUGUUAAGGAUCUUUUAAAUAAAUGUGUUAUAGUAGCUGGUGAUGAUCGAUUAUCUAAACAAGCCAAUGAAAAUGCAACUCUACUUUUCCAAUGUUUAGUCAGAUCUACACUUUGUACAAAGUUUGUUUCAGAAGAUUACAGACUUUCCAGUGAAGCCUUUGAAUGGUUGAUCGGAGAAAUAGAAACACGUUUCCAACAGGCCCAAGUUAAUCCGGGUGAAAUGGUUGGAGCUUUAGCUGCUCAAUCACUUGGAGAGCCUGCUACUCAGAUGACAUUGAAUACUUUCCACUUUGCUGGUGUGUCAUCUAAAAACGUAACACUUGGUGUUCCUCGUCUAAAAGAAAUUAUCAAUAUUUCAAAGAAACCAAAAGCUCCUUCACUAACAGUUUUUCUUACUGGAGGUGCAGCUAGAGAUGCUGAAAAAGCUAAAAAUGUGUUAUGUCGAUUGGAACACACUACUUUACGAAAAGUUACUGCAAACACGGCUAUUUAUUACGAUCCCGAUCCACAAAAUACAGUUAUUGCUGAAGAUCAAGAAUUUGUUAAUGUCUACUACGAAAUGCCCGACUUUGACCCUACAAAGAUUUCUCCGUGGUUGUUACGUAUUGAAUUAGAUCGUAAAAGAAUGACAGAUAAGAAAUUGACUAUGGAACAAAUUGCAGAAAAGAUAAAUGCAGGAUUUGGAGACGAUUUGAAUUGCAUCUUCAAUGACGAUAAUGCAGAGAAAUUAGUAUUACGUAUCCGAAUUAUGAAUAAUGAGGAGAGCAAAUUUCAAGAUAAUGAUGAAGAAACUGUUGACAAGAUGGAAGAUGAUAUGUUCCUUAGAUGUAUUGAAGCUAACAUGUUAUCUGAUAUGACAUUACAAGGUAUAGAAGCCAUAGCAAAAGUGUACAUGCACUUACCACAAACUGAAGCCAAAAAACGUAUUAUCAUUACUGAUCAAGGUGAAUUCAAAGCUAUUGCAGAGUGGUUGUUAGAAACUGAUGGUACUUCAUUAAUGAAAGUACUUUCGGAACGGGACGUGGAUCCAAUAAGAACAUUCAGUAACGAUAUUUGCGAAAUAUUCCAAGUGCUAGGUAUUGAAGCUGUGCGUAAGUCUGUUGAAAAGGAAAUGAAUGCUGUAUUACAGUUCUACGGUUUAUACGUGAACUAUCGUCACCUUGCCUUACUUUGUGACGUAAUGACUGCUAAAGGUCAUCUUAUGGCUAUUACUCGACAUGGUAUCAAUAGACAAGAUACAGGAGCUCUCAUGAGAUGCUCAUUCGAGGAAACGGUAGAUGUUUUGCUUGACGCCGCAAGUCACGCUGAGGUUGAUCCAAUGAGAGGUGUAUCUGAGAACAUAAUUAUGGGUCAACUACCCAGGAUGGGAACUGGCUGUUUCGACUUAUUACUUGAUGCUGAAAAAUGCAAACAUGGAAUGGAAAUGGGAGGUCUCGGUGUGGGCAUGGGCGUUGGUGUUGGAAUAUACUUCGGAGUUGGAACUCCAUCUAUGACUCCGUUAAUGACACCGUGGUCUAAUCAAAAUACCCCUGGAUAUGGAGCAUCUGUUUGGUCCCCUGGUCAAGUCGGCAGCAGCAUGACUCCUGGGCCAUCCUUUUCGCCGUCAGGUGCAUCGGACGCUUCUGGAUUGUCACCAGCUUACAGUAGUUCAUGGUCACCACAACCCGGUUCACCAGGUUCUCCUGGCGCUCCUUUGUCUCCUUACGCUUCACCUGCAGGCGCAUCUCCGUCAUAUUCACCAACUAGUCCAGUCUAUGCGGCCCCAUCACCGAGCCUUACUUCUAUUUCCCCUCAUUAUUCACCUACCGGCCCUUCCUAUUCUCCAACAUCUCCAAACUAUUCACCAACAUCUAUUUAUUCUCCAACUUCUCCAAGUUAUUCUCCGACUUCGCCAGGCUACUCUCCUACGUCCCCGUCAUAUUCCCCGACAUCGCCCAGUUAUUCGCCAACUUCGCCAAGCUAUUCUCCGACGAGCCCAGCAUACUCGCCAACAUCUCCAAGCUAUUCAGCCACUUCUCCUAGUUAUUCGCCUACAAGUCCGACCUAUUCACCAACCAGCCCCUCAUAUUCACCAACAAGUGCGGCAUACUCUCCAACAUCUCCGGGAUAUUGUUCAUCGCCUAAUUAUUCUCCGACAUCUUACAGUCCAGGUUCUCAUAGUUAUUCCCCAUCGUCACCAAAUUAUACAGCAACACCUGCUCAAUACUCACCUACAAGUCCUUCUUAUUCCCAAACAUCAGCUUAUUCUCCAGCCUCCCAGAGUUACUCGCCGUCAACACUCAAGUACUCUCCAUCUCCAAACUAUUCCCCUACUUCGCCAUCACUGGCAGGGAGUCCCAGCAGUCCGCAGUAUUUACCUAAAAGUCCACAGUACUCACCUUCGAGCACAGCAUAUUCUCCUUCAUCGCCCCAACAUCCUGGAAGUACACAAUAUUCACCUUCCUCAUCGAACUAUUCUCCAUCUUCACCAAAUUACUCUUCUACUUCACCAGGCUAUUCGCCUUCUUCUACUAAAUAUUCUCCGACAUCACCGACAUAUACGUCUACAUCUACAAACUAUUCACCCACGUCACUAGCAUAUUCGCCAUCUUCGGCUGGCCCAUCGUACUCACCCACAACACCAAACUAUUCCGCAACAUCACCUACACAUGAUGAUGAUGACGAUUAAAGUAAAACAAAGAUACUUUUAAUAUAAGUUUAGAAAGUAAGAUACAUUAAAUGUAAAAAAAUAUUUUUAUAAUUAAGUAAAUAUUUGUUCGUGGAAAGUAUAGGAUUUACAUAAUAUUUGUUCAUAUUUUUUCCACUUUUUCUUUUGAACAUUACCAUUGUUAAACUGAUCAAGUAAUUUUAACUAUUUGCUUGUAUUACAUAAAAUAUUUUAUAAUAUUAGAACACGAAUGGCAAGUAAGUGUGUAUAGUGGCCAAUAAAUAAAGUAUUUAUAAAUGGCUGAGGUUAUUUAUGUUAACAUGUGCAAAAUCUGUUUUUUUAUUUUUUAUUUAUUGCUGAUUAAGCUCACUAUUUCAAUUACAUAGAAUAAAUAAAUUUACCUACCUAUAUUCAUUGUAAUGUAAAAUACUUAUUUAGUGCUUAUUCUGGCGACACUAAGUUGUGAAUUAAAUAAAAUAAAAACAUCAUUAUCAAAUCAAAAUAUUAAAGAAACUAUUAGCACCUUUGAGUAUGUAAUGUUGCUGAAAAUACUUGCAUUUGGUUUUCCCCGACAUUUAUAAAUGUUUAUCUUUAUUGGUUCCUAUCUAAAUAAUAAUUGGUUCUUUAUCGGUUAUAUGAUUAAUAUUUAAAAGAUAUUAUAUGAUCUUUGACAUGUAGCUAAGUAAAUUUUUCAGUUUUAGUAAUUAAAUAUGAUUAUUAGAAACAGACUUUAUAUUUUGUAUUAAUUGUAUCAUAAGUCCUUCGUAUGAUUGGAUUCUUACCAAUUGUUUUUAAACUAUAGUAAGUUACACGAAAUAAAUAUGAUUCAAAAUAAAUUAUUUAUUUUCUUUUAAAACGAAAUAAUGUUAUUUUUUUAUUAAGUACUUAUUAAAAGUUUAGUUGCCUAAGAAUGGAGUAAAUAUAUUCAAUAAAAUCCGAAGUAAAAAAUGUACUCACAGGAAUUUCUAUUGAUGGCUGAUGCAUUUUAACAUGCUGAUCAUGUUGGGAGCAGCAGCAUCAUAAAAAUGUUUGUAGUCUACAGACAGUUAAAUAUUGUUAAGGAAAAAUUAUUAUAUUAAGCUCUUAUAUAAGGAACAUUUUGGAGCAAUCCUUGCUUGAUCUUUUAAGAUUAAAUCAUGUAAGUAAAUUUGAUAA